AUGGAGAAAGCUGAGCUUCGCGAGGGAGAGAGCAGCGCUCGGCAAUGGAGAGAACAGAGCUCGGCGAUGGAGAAAGCUGAGCUUCGCGAGGGAGAGAGCAGCGCUCGGCAAUGGAGAGAACAGAGCUCGGCGAUGGAGAAAGCUGUAGCAGAUCUCAGAGGUGCGGAGAUGGAGAGCUGUAGCAGAUCUCAGAGGCGCGACGAGGGAGAGAGGCGCGGAGAGGGAGAGCUGCAGCAGACCUCAGAGGCACUGCGAGGGCGAGAGGCGCAGCGAGGGAGAGCUGCAGCAGAUCGCACGGCGCGGCGAGGUAGAGCGAGGGAGAGAGCAGAGCGGCACUAG